AUGGAGGAGAGGGCAGAUAAGGGGUCCAUCCAGCUAUUACUUGAGGCUUUCAAUCAUUUCUCAAGAGUAUCUGGAUUGCAAGCCAACCUCAAGAAAAGUUCCUUUUAUGUGGCUGGGGUACCAGAGGAAUUCAAAAGGCAGAUUCUUCAGCAAAUGCAGUUUACUAUGGGGGAGAUACCAUUUAAGUACCUUGGAGUACCUUUGAGCUCAAGAAAGUUGAAUAUCCAACAGUGUUUACCUCUUGUUGAGAAGAUAGUGACAAGGAUCAGAUGUUGGUCCUCUAAAUGGCUUUCUUAUAGUGGUAGAUUGCAACUUAUAAAAAGUGUACUCUACGAAAUGCAAACAUAUUGGGGUCAGGUAUUUCUCUUGCCACAGAAGAUUGUGAAAAUGGUGAAUACAGUCCGUAGAAUUUUUCUAUGGACAGGCAGUGCUGAAACCUCAAAGAAAGCCUUAGUGGCAUGGGAUACAAUGUGUUUACCAAAGGCUGCAGGGGAACUGAAUAUAAUAGAUUUUGCUAAAUGGAACAAAGCAGCUAUAUGCAAGCUACUAUGGGCACUGUCUCACAAGAAGGACACUCUAUGGGUACAAUGGACACAUUUUUCCAAUUUCAUCUGGUCAACAAUUUUGCAAUGGCUGGGCAUUACAAGACAGGUUACAAAUUGGGCAGACGAAGUGAAGUGGAUGGCUCAACAUGUGCAUAAUGGAAGGCUAAGAGCAAGUAUACUAGGAUUUCUUAGUGCAACAGUUAUAUAUCACAUAUGGCAAGAAAGGAAUGCUAGAAGGUUUCAAGAAAAGGAGAAGCAGCCUGUGCAAAUCAUCAGGGACAUCAUCUUGCAGCUGCAUAUCAGAGGGCAGGGAAAUUGUAAAUGGAGUAGGCUUUUAGAUAGGCUUAAUCAGUAUCCUGAUAGGCUUCUUUUGUAUCUCAGUAAUCAUGUCAUGAAUGCCUAG